GUUCGUCGCCUUCGGGAUCAAAUUCGUCAACACGGCAGGUCCCGAGAAUCACCAAGCAGUUGCGUUCCGCGCCACUGGUGACCAGACAGCUCUUUUCAACUGCGCGUUCGAGGGAUCGCAAGAUACAUUGUAUGUAGACGCGGGUCGGCAGUACUACAAAAACUGCUACAUUGGCGGCACGCAGGACUUCAUUUUCGGCGACGCAGCUGUGGUUAUUGAUGCGCCGAAGAUUCAGCUGCACCCAAGCCCCUCUUUUGGAACGCUAACGGCGUCGGGACGCAGUAAGGAUACGCCUACCGGGAUUGUGAUUCGCGAUGCGAAUGUUGCAGCGGACAGCGGUACUUCCAGGGUGUAUCUGGGCCGUCCGUGGAAGAAAUGCGCCUUCACUGUGUUCAUCAACGCCAAUCUCCCCGCGGUGAUUGAGAAGGAUGGCUGGCUGUCGUGGAACGAGGGCAGCUGCAUGUUCCUGGCGGAGGCCGGCAGCAAGGGCCCUGGUGCUGCGUCUUCCCGGGUGGACUGGGCAAAGCCUGGAAUUAUCACGGACGAAUUCUCGUUCGAUGUAGCCGGAAUCUCGCACACAUAUGCGUGUUCGACUCGAGAGCUUCUUCUCACAUCUCUGUACAACAGACUCGACGAAGUCAAUGGCAUUGGAACCGACUUCCCUGUGCGGAAGGCCAGUAACCAUCGCGGCGAGUAUACCGAGGUCGUGCUGCGAGUCCGGAGCGCGUCGCUCGUCAAGAUGGUCGCCGCUGGCGUUCGCCACGAGCGACAGACGGCGAGCAGCAUGAAGAAGAUCAACCUGGUGGACGUGAUGAAGAUCGAAACGGCGGGCGAGCGGGACGAGCAGGUGCUGCUGCACACCAAGUCGCGCGUGUGGCAGCUGCUGGUGGACGGCGAGUCAGACCAGUUUGCUUCCACCGUGCAGCGCAAUGCCAAGCUGCUGGUGGACGGCGAGUCGGACCAAUUUGCUUCCACGGUGCAGAGGAGUGCCAAGGUGAGAUGGAGGGAGGUGGCACGAUGGCAUGCUGAGAGGAGGGAAAAAGUAAGCGGGACGGGACGAGCAGGUGCUGCUGCACACCAAGUCGCGUGCGAGUCUGUUGCGCGUGUGGCAGCUGCUGGUGGACGCGAGGCAGACCAAUUCGCCUCCACCGUGCAGAGGAAUGCCAAGGUGAGAUGGAGGGAGAUGGCGAGAGAAGGACCGUUUGAGGGAGGUGGCACGAUGGCAUCUGGAGAGGAGGGAAAAGGCGAGGGAGAGGAGCCAAGUUGCGAGCAGCUGGAUCAGGUGCUGCUGCACACCAAGUCGCGCGUGUGGCAGCUGCUGGUAGAUGGCGAGUCGGACCAGUUCGCUUCCACCGUGCAGCGGAAUGCUAAGGUGCUGGUGUUUACAGAGUCGCGCGUGUGGCAGCUGCUGGUGGACGGCGAGUCGGACCAGUUCGCGUCCACCGUGCAGCGCAACGCCAAGGUGAGGCAGGACGAGAUGUACCUGCAAAAGCACAUCCCAGUGCAGCGAGUCACGGGGGAGGAGAUCCUCAUGGUCACCAACGCAAGGGCUGAGUCGCUGGCGGUUGCUCACCAUCCCCCUCUCUCUGCACACCUUCCCCCCCACCAGCGCGCGUCCCCUGUGCUGUACGAGUUCACAGUGGUGAAGAACAACGACCCUGCCAGCGGCAUGCAGAGGGAGAGAAGGGAGUUUAUCAUGGUGUCCUGUCAGUCGCCUCACUUGCGUAUCACUCUUUCCUCCUGUCCGAUGCCCUUCGAGCAGCGCGCGUCCCCUGUGCUGUACGAGUUCUCGGUGGUGAAGAACAACGACCCUGCCAGUGGCAUGCAGAGGGAGAGGACUCUCGUGCUGACCAAGGAGUUCAUGGCGGAGAUGACUGGCAGCCACGUGAUCGCGUUGCACAGUCUGAGCGACAUCCUAGGGCUGGUGGUGUCCGAUAAGAACGAAUCUGAGGUGAUAGUGGAGCUGAGUGGGUGGCGGGCGACGCAAUACUUUGUGGCGGACAGGGAGGCGCUGGUGGGCAGCCUGGCGGAGGUCGCCAGCCACGCCAAGGCCCGCAACUUCUCCGUCCGCCUCGAACCCUUCGCCCACCACACGCUGCCAGAGAAGCCCCUGCCUCUCUACCAGAACGAGUACGAGAUCUACCUGAUAGCGCACUUCAUGACGGUGUUCCUGGCGCACCGGGAGAACCUCUCCGAGCUGACGCAGGCGGACGUGGUGGCGCAGUGGCUGCCCAUGGUCAAGGAGUACGCCUGCAACAUGCACCCCGGCGACUCCCUCUGCAUCGACGCCCGCCCCAUGCUCGCUGUCGCUGAGAUGCUUCGGGCGAGUCUGGACUUAAAGCCAGGCCUGGGAGCAUCGUACGCGGUGACAUGCUGCUCAGUGGUGCAGAGGCUGUUGGGCACACGGGGCGUGUUUGAAUCAGUCAAGUCCAACCCUGACUUCAUCAGCAUCCUCAUCAAGGCCCUCAAGCAUCCAUCCUCCGUGGUGGCGUUUGCAGCAGCCAACACCAUCCGGGCAGCCAUAAAGCACUACUCAGCCGACUCACCGGCCCCUGACUCCCCUGCUGCUGCCAGAGCCGCCACCACCUCCUCGUUCCUCAUGCAAGCCUGGCCUGCCCAUGCGGAGGCGGCCAACAAGCACGUGGUGCUGAGUGGCGACAACCUGCAGGUGCUGGUGGCCCGGCUGCAGACAGACGCACUCGUGCACCAGAAUGCACUGCAGGUGCAAGGCAUUCUGGAGAUCCUCACUCUGGCUCUGAACCUGCCGCCAUCGUCUGAUGCCGAGGCAGAGAAGCACUGGAUGGAGACACUUGAAAGCUCUCUGCUCGUGGCUGCUGACGUCAUCAGUGCCAUUUCCCGAAGCCGCAGCAACAUUAUGUACUGCAGCAACGCGCUGCUAAUCAAGACCAUCUUCACGCGCUGCUCUCCUGCCUUCAUCACUCGCUUCAGGGCUGUGAUUCUAUCUCGUGCAGUGGUGCUGCUGCUGCUCAAGAACGCGCUGUUCAACAAGCUGGAGAGGGCGAGGGAUAUCAGUGCAGAGCUGCUGUUCCUCAUUGCUGAGAGCGACGCCAAAACGCAGCAGCUGCUGGCGAACCUGCUUCCCAAGGGUUUCUUUUUUGUGCUCAAGGACAAAACAGAAGCUGCUAGAAAGGCCGAGCUUGAGGAGGCAGCCAAAGCUGCAGCAGCAGGCGGAGCAAGCUCGACCCUAGCCUCUGGGCUCAAAGUCGCAGCAGCAGUGGCAGCAGCGGCAGCAGCAGCAGCAGCCGCAGCCAGCACAAACACAGGCACAACACCCGGCAGUGGGACUGCUGGGGGGGAAGGCAGUGGGGGAGCGGUGGGGAUGGGCGGUGGGAGUGGGGGGUUGGGGAGUGUGGUGGCGCUGGGGGUGUGGAAGGAGGCACUGGAGAUGCUGAGGAGGCGGAGCAUCACAACGCCUGUGCUGGUGUGGAACGAUUCUAAGAGGCAUGAGCUGCACGCGUACCUCAAGGAGCAGGUGGAGGCGUUUGAUGCGGCUCUGGGGCGCACGGGAGGAGGCAAGGAUAUUCAUUUCAACACGGACGACUGCGAGUGCUGCUACUCCCCUGCCAGUAACGAUAAUGAUGUGUGCAAGACUAUCGUUGAAGGCGUGCAUUUGGAGGUGUUGCUACAGCCGUCAGACGACUCCUCCCCUGCCCUGGCCGCCCACUGGAAGCUGGACGACCCAGCUGCGCUCUUCACCGCCACGCUGCAGGCGCUGCUGCUGUGCUUCACGCCGCUCUACGGCACGUGCGAGCUGCCCGAGAUCGAGCCGCGGCUGGCUGUGGACGCGCUGACUUGGAUGUACGAGCGGCAUGAGGGGGAGAUUCGAAGUGUUGUAGAGAAUCUGCACGUGGUGGAGCUCUUUGUGGCAAUGCUAAGGGAGGCGAUAGACAAUGACCACGUGGUGUUUGCCUUCAAGUCGCUGCUGCUGCUGCGCAUCAUUCUCGAGAGGGCCGGUCGCCCCGCCGUCUCCCGGUUCGUGAAGGCGGGAGGCAUGUCCAUCAUCCUGCCACUCAUGGUCAACUCGCUGGCUAAGUGUUGCAAGGACGAGACACUAUUUGAGUGUGAUGCUCCAAGCGUGAAGGACCGAGGAGCGAUUGAGGUGGUGCCGGUGGUGGGGGCGGACGGCGAGGUGCGGAUGGCGCGCGUGCCGUCCGGGCGGCAGGCCAAGGAGGGCGGCGCAAGCACUGUUCAUCACGGGGGGAGCGUGGAGGCGAGAGAUGCGAUCAAGUGGCAGGAUGAGAGCGUGCCUGAGAAGCUGCAGCUGGGGAUGGCUCUGGAGCUGUUGGAGACCGUCCUAGAUGUCAUUGAGGUGCCAGGAGGUUUGGAGCGGUACCCACCGCCCCUGCCUCUGGAGGACCUGGCUCGGCCGGAGCUGCUGUGCAGCCUCGUGCAGCUGCUGCUGCGGGCGAAAUCCCCCACCUUCAGGAGGAUUCUCGAGGUGCUCUCCAUCCUGUGCCGCGGCAACAAGCAGGCGGCCAGUGAGCUGCACCGCUACGGGUGCUUCCCCAUGCUGCUGUGGAAGGUGGUGGCGGGGGACAUCAGCCACGACGACCGCACCCGCAUCCUCAAGUUCCUCGCACGCACGCACCUCCUGCAAGACCCAUCUGCCUUGGAGCAUGCGCCAGUGAAGGGGCUGGUGGUGGUGGAGCAUCUGCCGUGGCACGAGAGCAUUCUCCGGCUCUACCUGCCUGCUGGGCUCGUCUCCAAGCUCAUUCAGGAGGGCGCGGAGCUGUUUCUGUCCAACCUAGACACGGAGGACAUAGACACACCUGAGAUUGUGUGGAACGAGGACAUGAAGGAGCGCCUCAGAAGCUUCCUGGAAGCGGACCUGCAGCCAUACGUGCAGGCGCGGGCGGGGGACCCCCACGCAGUCUAUGUGUACGAGCCCAAGCCGCCACUCGUGUACCCCGAGCUUGCAGGCACCAUCUUCGUGGCACCGGUGUACUUACACAACGUGCUGGACGCUGAGAGGUUCCCAGCGCACCAAGUGUUUGACUCCACGUCCUUCCACCACAGCGUGCUCAGGGAGUACGAGCGCAUUUUGCAGGCCACAUCAGCAGGGGGUGGUGGUGCAGUGACGUGGCGUCAGGAGGCUCCCCGCCUCGUGCUGCUGCUCAAGGCCCAGGCCGUGAUUCUGGACCGGUACCCGCAGAUCCCUCUAGGUGCAGAGGCAGAGAGUGUGGUGAUCGACAUGGCAACGCCUGCACUGCGUGUGUGCAUCGCUCAAAGGGACGACUGCCCCCCUCAGAUGGCCGAUAUCCUGCAGCAUGCUGCUAAGAUCCUGAGGGGGAUUGCGGCUACCAGAGACAAGGAGGGGCGCAAGCAGCUGAGGGAUGACGUGCGGUGGCGCAAGGGCUUCUGGUGGGCGCUGUGCUCCGCUGCGGGGGAGAGCAGCCGGGGCAGCGCGGAUGGAGUGCCGUGCUCGCUGGCGUUUGCUGCUCUUGACUGCCUCAACCACUUUGCUGGGGACCGAGACAUGUGCUACCGGCUGAUCAACCAGGCCCUUCAUCUGCCGCUGCUGCUCCUUGCCGUGCCAUCAGAGUCAACCCUCGAAGAUGAGCGGCGCCGCAACGAAACAGCUCAAAGCUUCUCGCCGUUCCAUCAGAGUCAACCCUCGAAGAUGAGCGGCGCCGCAACGAAACAGCACAUGAUACGCCUUCCUGCUUCCCGCUUUGCCCAAGCAGGUCAGGAGCCCAAUUUCAGGGCGAAAGCAUUGCAGCAGGUGGCAGCAGAGGUGCUGCGAACGCUUGCAAUCACCCUCGAGCAAGCCCUCCCGCCUGACGGGGAACCCAGCCCCCGAGGCUCCCUGCUGCACAUGCAGCAGCUGGAGCAGCAGCAGCAGCAGCAGCAGCAGGGCGGGCUGCUCUCAUACGUCAUCCCCUGGGGGUUAUUAGACGCGCUCAAGAACCCCGACGCUGGGGCGGCGAAGCUUGUUGCGUUGGUGGGAGCGGACGGCGAGAUGCCGACCGCGAUUUGGAAUGCGGCGGUGAGGGAGGAGCUGAGGGGGAAGGUGGAGGCGCGGAUUAAGCGGUUUAAUUUGGUGCAGGCUGGAGGAGGGGCGGGAGGAGGAGCGGAGGAGGAAGAUGAGGUGGCGUGGCUGCGUUCUUUCAGGUAUGAAUGCCUCAAGGAUGAAAUGGUCAUUUCGGGUAUAUUCGUCCGCGGGUACGCUGCGGGCAGCUGGGAAAACUUUGACCUGCCCGAUGGCCGUGCGUUUCUCAUGGCUCUUCAGGACUACCUUCGCUCCUCCCUCCCCAUCAUCUCCUCCCAAUCCUCCUCCUCUUCUUCCAACCUCAUCACUCCUCCAUCUCCUAGCAGCAUCGUCACCACUUCCGCAGCUGCCUUUGCCUCUCAGCCUCCCACUGUCGCUGGGUUCCUAAUGGUUCUUAAAGCCCUGGCGGAAUGCAUUAGGUAUGCGGUAGAGGAUGGCAAGAGGGGCAUGCUGGCUCACAUAGACUAUCUCCUCCUUGCGGAAAUUUUGGCGGCUGCCCCGGAUACGCUUCCAACUGCCCGGCGGCUGGUCGUGGGCAUCGCUCAGAUUGUUUCAGGUGCCCCUACGAGCCGAGAGCAGCUGCUGGGUUCUUCUUUGCUGCCUGUUUUGGCAAGGCAGCUUUGGAGAUCUGUCACCAUACCUGGAACAGGAGUGGAAGAGGGGGUUGUGGCACCAGAAGGGGAGGAGGAUUUUGGAGCGGGGCUGAGUGAACUGGCGCUCGCGAUUCUCGACGCGGUUUUGGAUCUAAGCGUGGAAAUGGCAGCGGUUGUAGCGGUUACCAACCAUUUUAGUUCCAGCAGUCUGCUUCUCGUGCUGCUCGCGCUGUUCCUCCGGGUUCCUCUGCCCCCGUUCAAGGGCACCUCGAAAAAAGCUGCCGGGCAGGCGUGGAGCGAGGCGGAAGAGGCGGGAGUGCUGGACACGGCGCAGUUUCGGGCUGCCCAGAUUCUCGGGCAGCUGCUGCUGGCGGCCUGUGGAGUGCAGGACCGGGCAAAGUUUAUUGCCGGGAUUGAGGAGGAGGGAGUAGGGUCAGCAACAGCGUUGGGUGACGGCACGAACGGGAUUGAUACCCUAUCAGUGGAUGACGAGGUGUUUUCCGACCCUCACGGGGACGUCCGGGACAUUCACAACCUGAUUUCGCUCCUGGAGCCAGGUGCGGCGCCUGCCGUACCUCUCAUCUCGGUUCGGGUGCUGUACCUGCUGCUCCCGAUGCGCAUCCUCUCGCUCCUCAUGUCCGAUCCUGAGGGGGCCUGCCGAGCCAUUGGUUCCCCUAGCUGCACCCCGCUGCUUGUGUGGAAUGAUGCAUCGGCGAGAAGGGCGAGGGAUGCGAUCAAGAGGGAGGCUGAGGAGGUGCUGAGGAGGCACGAAGGGGAGGUGAGUGAGGGGAAGCAGCAGCUGGGGCUGCCUAUGUGGGAUUUAGAAGCUGGGGAGGAGAUGGAUGGUGGCAGUGUGGGGAGGGGCAGGGAGGAAGCAGCCGCGUUCCGACCCUUCUUCCUGCAGUACGUGCGAGAGAGCAUCGAAUUGGCAAAGGAUGAAGGGGAGGGAGCGGCAGGAGCGGGAGAGGUGGCGGAAACGCUGUUUUCGGAGCAGGAAAAGGCGGGGUAUGUUCCGGAGAUGUACAUCGGUGGGUGCUAUGUGGACCAGUUAUUGCGCCAGCCGAGAUUCGAUCUCGGGAAGCGAGUGGAGCUGCAACUGGUGAGGGAGAUUCGGAAGGCGAUAGUCACUGCUGCACCAAACGAAGGCAAGAGAUACGAGGAGUUCACCACAGCGGAUCGUAGAAGGUUGCUUUUGGCCCUGCUCGCGCUUUUCCAGAGCCGCCCGCACCUGCUGACCAUCACCAACACGGACAUUUUCCUGCCCGUGACGGACUUUUUCACGUCGGGCAGCGGCGAGGAGCGGCGCGCACUGCUGCAGGCGGGCGUGCUGCUGUUCCUGCGCAUGGUUACGUCGAAUGACGUGGCGGAUUUCGUCUCUUCUGAGGAGCUCAUUUCGCUUCUGUCAAAGCUGCUGUUGCUGGAGGUACCGGCUGGGAGGCAGGGGCAAGCUGCUACGGAUCCAAGGGUGUGUGCUCUGAUGCUCAUGCAAAAGCUGUUCAGACUUUCCUCAAAGGCUGUUGAGUUGGGGUUGCAGCAUCAGGUGGUGGAUCGGCUGGCGUCGCUUGUACUCGAUACAGAGAACUCCAUUAUUGUGCGUGCGCGCGCUGCUGCUGUGCUGGGAGCUAUGGCUGGGGAGAGAAGGCUGGGGCCUGAGAUUACAAGGCAGGCGGAGAGGAUUUUACCGGAGAGUUAUAAGAAUCAUAUUGCUUGGAAGGUGGGGUUUUUAAAGCAAGGGGCAGAAGAGAUCGGGCAGAAAAGCAUGCCGGCACUUUCAGAGGAGAUUGAGGUUAAAACCAUGCGGCACUUACUUAAGUACCCGCUACCGUGUGCAUGGUGGACAACGGAUAUUCCCGAGGACGGGGGGAUGGAAGGAGGAGGGGAUGGGGGUGGUGGGGAAGGGGAAGAUGGGAACAGCGGCCCGACAGCUGUUGUGGAAGCUGCCUUGAUGUUUCCUACUGCCAGGCUGGACGCAUGGAACGAUGAGGUGGACGGGGCUUUAAGGCAUGGGUUGGCUGCUGCGGCACUCUCCAACACGCGGAACGUGAGGAUUCUGAGGAAGAAGCUGGCUGGGGCGAAGGGGGUGCUGGUGGAGGUAGAACUGCAGUUCCAACCUCCCCCAGGUGCUGCCGCGAGAGCCAAGAAGGGCGAGACUGCAAGGACGUCGGUGGAUGAUCCAACGAAGGCCGCCCGGACGUUCAAGCAGAGGUUGGAGACUCAGCUGGGGGACCCGUUAAAUUCCUUCUGCCGCGUAGCGGUUCGACCAGCGGGUCUGCGAUUAAGCCAUCGUCAAGCGGUGCCGAAUGGUCGUCUGCGGCGAGCAGAUGUUGGGGUUCGAGCGGCGGCCGAUGCAAAUGCGAGUGCGACCGCGACGGACUCGCGGGCUUCUGAGCUGGUCGAUAAACUGCUCUCCAUGGUGAAGGACUCGGACAGAGGGGCCGCGAUGGCCGACGAGGGCCGGGCGGCAGUGACAGCGAUCGUGGAGCAGCUAGAGGCAAUGGGGCUGGAAGAGCCGCUCAAGAGCCCGCUGGUGUUUGGAGCAUGGGAGGUGGCGUACACGUCGCGCCCCACAGCAGCAGGCGGGUACUACCGCAGCAUGCUGGGGCGCACGCUGCUGCGAUCCAAGGACCUGGUGCAGACCAUCUACCCUCCCAACGGGGUCGAUAACUUGGUGGAGUUUGAUGCGCUCUCGCUCAUCCCGGGGAGCAUUAGCCUCAAAGGCACAUUUGAGCCGCUGGACAACAAGUGGGUGAGGGCGGUGUUUGAAGCACCCAACCUCGCUCUCGGCCCACUCAAGUUCUCCUACGGAGGGCAGUCGUCCGUGCGCCUGUCUGUAUCCUACCUUGAUGAGCGCGUGCGCAUCGGCCGAGGAUCCCAAGGCUCCGUCUUUGUGUUUGCUCGCCGCACAUAA